UCUACGUCACUUGUCAAAACAUAACCUACAAAAAUCCGUGAAAAUUUAAAACAUUUAACGAUGAGUUUAACGGGGCGAAAUAAGACCAGCAUUCUCGAUAAACCCCUAAGCCGGGGCAAGGGCGAAGUCUCUCUGAGUUGUUUCGCGCUUCUAUUUUCCGAAGUGGUUCAGUAUUGCCAGAACAGGUCCCAUACCGUUCCGGAGCUCCAAAAUAGAUUGCACGAACUGGGUCGCAAAGUUGGAGUAAAAAUAAUCGAUUUGUACUUCCUGAGGGAACGCAACGGGAAAAGGGAAAUUAAAUUACUGAACAUAUUGUUGUUUGUGAAGUCCACUUUAUGGAAGGUGUUGUUUGGUAGAGAAGCGGAUAAAUUGGAACAUUCCAAUGACGAUGAAAAUACUUAUUAUUUGAUGGAGAAGGAGCCUUUAGUGAAUAGGUUUAUUUCGGUACCGAGGGAUAAAAGUAGCUUGAAUUGUGCCGUGUUUGUUGCGGGGAUUAUUGAGGCUGUUUUGACAGGAACUGGAUUCACAGCCAAAGUGACGGCGCAUUGGCACAAAGGUACGACUUACAUGGUGAAAUUCGACGAUACCGUCGUCACCAGAGACAAACAACUAGAAGAGCGAUAAUUCCUGUACUAUGUUUAAUAAUUGUCUACGUGUUUCCGUUGAUAAAAUUUAAAUUAAAGCGCUUAUUACAGAU